UGUUUUCUUUUACUAACAGGAAAAUGACCAAAUUAAAACACGAUAAAAACAAAAUAUGAAAAAGAUAAAAUAAAAUAAUCUUUUAGUUAUUUAAUUCAAAAUUAAUCUUACAAAACAUGACAACGAUGAUACACACGACAAACAUAUGUUAAUAUCGUGUUGAAUAUUGAUAUGAACACGAAUUCGAAAUUUGAUUUCUCAUGUCAUGACAUGGGUUGCUAUCCCUAAUUUAGAGGGUGCAUUAUCUAGAUGCUUGAAUGAAAAUAAAAACAUGUUUGGGAAAGUUGCUGAAUAAUAAAUAAAUAAAUAAAUAAAAGAAAAAACCAUUUUAACAUUUUCAACCAUUUUGUAAUAAAUGAAUUAUUCAUGGUUGAGAAAACAUCUAAACGAACUACCUGAAGUGAAGAGAUUAACUGAAAAAAUACCCCAUUUCAAUAGUAAAUUAAAAAAAAAAAAAAAAAAAAAAAGUCAUCAUUUUAGGCAAUAUUCUCAGUUCUCACAAUCUUGAACCUUCACUUAAUUCGUUGAUCACCCGCGUGUGAAAUUAGCCUAUUCCAUUUUUGAUAAAACUGCUGCCAAUGAAUAACUACAAACAAACACAACUAUCCAAUUUGCUCAUCAGACAACUAUCGACAACCUUGGAUCAACCAAAUUUAUGCCCUUUGAAACGUUGUAUGACGAUUCGACCGUUCUCUUUAGAUCAAUAAAUGCUCUUGUUUCUCUCAAUCUACAUAUCAUGUCUUCACCGGUUGUUGUUCUUGUUCAUCACCACAAGAAUACCAUCUUCUUCUUCUUCUUCUUCUUCUUCCUCUCCUACCUCUUCUUCUCCGUUCAUGGCUUAACUGGAGGUUCAUCUCUAUCUGUAGAAAAUACCAACGACAUUUUAGUUUCACCAAAUCGGGUUUUCACAGCCGGUUUUCAUCAAGUCGGAUAUAAUGCUUAUUGCUUCUCUGUGUGGUUCACGGAUCAACCCAAGUUCGGGGGUCCCACUGUGGUAUGGAUGGCUAACCGAGAUACACCUGUAAAUGGAAAAUACUCGAAGCUUUCAUUAUUCAAAGAUGGCAAUCUUGCCUUAAUAGACGCUGGUCAAUCGAUUAUUUGGUCAACCCACACAAAAUCAACAUCUUCUUCGUUUCUAUUGCAACUUCAUGACACAGGUAACCUUGUUCUUUAUGAAGGAGAACAAAUUCGUUGGGAAAGCUUUGAUCAUCCAACAGACACCCUUCUUCCAGAUCAACCCUUAACUAGGAACAAACUACUUGUAUCUUCAAGAAGUGCUACUAAUUACUCCUCUGGUUUCUAUAAGCUCUUUUUCGACCUUGAUAGCAUUCUUCGCAUUCGUUACGAAGGUCCAGAAUCAACUAGCAUCUACUGGCCUGAUCCCGAAUCUCUAGGUCGGGAAGGUGGAAGAAAUCAGUACAUAAACAAUCAAAGAGCGAUCCUUGAUUCCGAGGGUCAAUUCAACUCAUCAGACGGUUUUGUAUUUUUAUCGUCUGAUUUUGGGAUUGGACCCCAAAGAAUGAUGAGGAUUGACGUCGAUGGUAAUCUAAGAGUUUACAGUCGGAUCAUUGGGCAUCAAAGAAGACAGAAAUGGCAAGUCCAAUGGCAAGCUGUUUCCCAUUCUUGCAAGGUUCAUGGUAUUUGUGGACCAAAUAGUCUUUGUACUCAUUCACAACAUUCAGGUAGGCGAUGCACUUGCAUACAUGGCUACAAGAUGGUGAAUUCUGAAGAUUGGAGUUACGGAUGUGCACCCGAAUUCGAGGAGUGUACACCAGAGGAUGAGGGUUUCGUGGUGAUUCAUCAAGCAGAAUUCUAUGGCUACGAUAUUCGGUAUCAACCCAACUACACUGUUAAUGAAUGCAAGAAAGAAUGCUUAGAUGAUUGCAAUUGCAAAGGGUUCCAGUAUUCAUACGAUUAUGACAGAGCAUGCUUUUAUUGCUACAUGAAGACUUCUUUGUAUAAUGGAUACAUGCAAAUGGGGUUCUACAGUGAUAUGUAUAUUAAAUUACCGAGACAGUUGGCGUCAUAUUUUAAUCCGAAAAUGGGAUUCAGUAAAACAAACUUCAGUUGCGCAGGCCAGAUGGGGACACCCAUAAUAAGAUUGUACGAGAAAAAACAUGAUAACAAGCUACUUAGCGACGUGGCUGUGUUAGGAUGCGUGAUUGGGUUUAUUGAGAUCAUUGGCAUAAUAAUUUUCUGGUAUAAAAGCAGCAAACACUCGGUUACAAUCAAUCAAAGUUAUUUUCCUGUAGCAACAGCCUUCAGGAAGUUCACAUACAGUGAGCUGAAAAGGGCAUCACUUAAUUUCAGCGAAGAGAUAGGUCGAGGUGGUGCUGGUGUUGUGUAUAAAGGGAUUUUAUCAGAUAACCGAGUUGCAGCAAUCAAGAAGCUCAAGAAUACAAACCAUCAUGAUGAAGAUGAAUUUCAAGCUGAGAUCAGCACAAUUGGGAGGUUGAAUCACAUGAAUCUCAUAGAAACAUGGGGUUAUUGUGCUGAAGGAAAGCACAGGCUUAUUGUUUACGAGUACAUGGAGAACGGAUCGUUGGCUAGAAACUUGUGUCUCGGGAAACUCGAUUGGGAGACACGGUUUGAUAUCGCAAAAGGUACAGCGAAAGGAUUAGCUUAUUUACAUGAAGAGUGCUUGGAGUGGGUUCUACAUUGCGAUGUGAAACCUCAUAACAUACUCUUAGAUGCUAAAUACAAUCCCAAGGUGGCGGAUUUUGGACUUUCAAAGCUAUUCGAUAGAGAUCGAAUUGUGAACUUGAACUUUUCAACAGUACGAGGGACUCGAGGUUACAUGGCUCCUGAAUGGGUGUUUAAUCUUCCAAUAACUUCAAAAGUUGAUGUAUUUAGCUACGGGGUUGUGAUAUUGGAGAUGAUAACCGGACGGAGUCCAGCUGGGAAGCAACAACGAAUCAAUGAAAGUGGGCAUAGGGAGUAUGCUCUAAUGGAGUGGGUGAGGGAUAGGAUUAAAGAGGUCGAUGGAAGCCAAUCUUGGGUUGAGGAGAUUGUAAAUUCUUCGAUAAGUGGUGAAUACGAUCGAACCGCCAUGGAAAAUCUAGUCAGAAUUGCACUGAAAUGUGCCGACGAAGAUAUGAAGGUGCGACCAUCGAUGAAGCAGGUGGUUAAUAUGCUUCUACAUCAAUAGAAUGAUAGAUAGUAUGAAAGAUUGUGGUAUAGUUGUAUUUGAGAAUUGACAAACAAACAAUCUCACAAUUAGUAUUGUGAACUAAUAUCAAAUCGUUGGUAAAAUCAAUCGCAAAGAAGCCGAUAAAUAAUACUGAAAAUUAUAUAGCGAAUCGUCGCACGUCAUAAAUUAAAUUAUCAUUACUUAGUUACCAAGUUUCGUCUAGAGAUCAAAUUGAUUAUUCACGAUUAAAUCUUGUAGGAAAAAAACUGCCCCGUUUGGA